AUGGCGCACCUGUUUCGAGGCAAGCAGGCUGGAAUUGCUCAUGAUCUUUCCUCAGGUAUCUCACCAGAGGUGUUUAUGCUAGACGAGUUUGCCCGAUAUGGUGUCAACUCACAGAUCUCGGCACUCGCCUAUGAUCCAGUCCAGUCCCUUCUCGCCGUUGGUACCAACGAGUCCCAGUUCGGUCCUGGCAUUGUCACAGUCUAUGGUCAGAAGCGAGUCUGCGUAACCUUCACCCCACCACGACGGUCCUCCAUUCGAACCAUCCAGUUUUGCGCAGACAAGUUGAUGGUACUAGAUAGCAAGAACGACAUCAGCGUCUUCAGUCUGGAGAGCAAACACAUGCUGGCCAACUACGCCCCUCCCGGCCACGUUACGGCUAUUCUCACGGAUCCCAAUCUCGACUACUGCCUUUCUGGGCUACAAAAUGGUGAUAUUGUGGCAUAUGAUCUCGACCGGGAAGCCUUAACACCCUUCAAGAUCCCCAAUCUCUGGCGCGAGCGCAAUCCCCGAGCACGAAUCCUGCCCAUAGUGUCCAUGCAGUUUCACCCUAAAGACAUCGGAACAGUACUCAUUGGGUAUUCCGAAGGAGCCGUCAUAUACUCUUUCAAACAGAAUAUGGCCCUUAAGUUCUUCCAGUAUGAGGUACCCAGAGGUGCUCCAGGUGGUGACGGAGACCCGGCUGGUAUCAACGAAACGAGGCGGCCCAGGCUCACGCACGCCAUCUGGCACCCUACAGGGACAUUUAUCUUGACCGCUCAUGAAGAUUCAAGCUUGGUUUUUUGGGACCCCCGAGACGGCAGAGUCGUCCUCGCCAGAACAAUUGAGGAGACAGACGUCAAUGUGCCAGGACGUGGGUCAUCUCGGACUGGUCCAGGAGCGGCCUCGGUCAAAGAGCCUUACUUCAAUAUCGCGUGGUGUUCCAAAGAGAACGCAGAUGAUACUGGGUUACUUCUGGCUGGAGGUUCUUCCACCACAAGUCCAUCUAAGGGCCUGACUUUCAUGGAGCUGGGAAUGACGCCGAAUUACCAAACAUCAUCGUGGGACUAUCUGGGUGGUCACUUCAGAAACCCAAAACGAAUCCACAUCCUCCCAACACCACCCAACGCUCAUGUCACCACAUUCCUCCCCAUUCCUCGCACAUCGCCUCAUUUCGCUGGCACCCACGAUCCCAUUGCAAUUCUGACUGUACUUGGAUCUGGCGAAUUACUCACCCUCAGUUUCCCUUCGGGACAUCCCAUCACACCAACCAACCAACUACACAUAUCCCUGUCAUUUGUACACCCUUUCAUUACGAAGACUGCUCUUGCGUACGUUGAUCGAACAAGAUGGCUCGGCAUGAGGGAAGUACGCCAACAUGGUCCUAACAUACUUCUUGGGGGUGCUCCAGGGAUGAAGCCUUUGAAGAGGCACGAGAACCGAAACAUUGUCCAAGCAGCUCAUGCUGAUGGAACGAUUCGAGUCUGGGAUGCUGGGCAUGGUGACACUAUAGAAAAUCCUACUGUUCUACAAGUCGACCUUGGCAAGGCCGUUGGCCGCUGGGAUCAAUUAGACGUGGCCCAGAUGAGUAUGUCUGGCGCAACGGGCGAAUUGUCCGUUGGUCUAGUGUCCGGAGAGCUGGUGGUUUUCAGGCUGAACAGGAAUCAACACGUUGGACAAGCGCCGUCCGACCCAGGUCCGAAUGAAGGUCCAGGCAAGAUGACGGAUAUUACCAGACGUGCAGACCCCAGUCUCAAGGAAGGGCUUUUACCCCUAACAAUGACCAACGAUCAACAAGGCCCAGUUACGGCUCUGAAGCAUUCCGAUGUUGGGUUUGUUGCUGUGGCCUAUAGUGGUGGUGGAGUGACUCUGGUCGACCUUCGUGGUCCAGCAAUCAUCCACUCUGCUCUACUGAGCGAUCUGUCCAGCGGCAAACACGGGAAGAGUACAAAACGCCGCUCCACACCAUCGACUCCGUCCGUUGAAUAUGCAACGACAAUGGAAUUCGGCAUCAUGACGCUUGAGGGUGACGAUUAUUCCUCACUGGCGUUGUAUGUUGGUACAUCUCGAGGUCGUGUGGCCACGUUCAAGGUCCUCCCUUCGCAGACUGGUCGCUACUCAGCACAAUUUGCUGGCGUGACUCAAAUAUCAGACGAUCGCGUUAUCUCAAUUUCUCCAAUGGACACACAGACUGGCGCGCCCGCCGCUGCUACAGGUCAGGCGAUGGCUGGGCUGCAGUCCGGCCGUAAAGUCGAUGGGGUCGUGUUGGUCGCUACUGUGUCGUCCGCUCAUAUUUUCCGGCCGGCCACGGGCAAGGGCGCCUCCAAGACUUUCGACCGCUAUUUCUGCGAUUCAGCCUCGUUUUCUCGGUUUGAGGAGCGAGGUUAUGCUCUGGUUGGGCUGUUUGGAGAUGGUUCUGCUCGAGCCUUUUCCAUCCCAGCACUAAAAGAGAUAGCAAGUACCCGCGUUAACCACAUUCUGGAUACGAAACGAUAUGCUGAUGCGAUCGUCACCCCGACCGGCGACAUCUUAGCAUGGACAGGCCCAAGUGAAGUCGCCAUGGUCAAUGUCUUUGGCGCUGGCUUGAGUCUCCAACCUAGUAACGACCUAUUAUACGAUCCCACAAAACUUGUUCCUCCGCGACCGACGAUUAGUAGUCUUCAAUGGAUUGCUGGAACGCAGUACAUCACGCCUUCAGACAUGGAUGUGCUGAUAGGUGGACCUACCCGACCUCCUUCGAAACGGAUGAUGGCGGAGAUGCAGGCGGCUCAAGAAGCCGAGUUCCAGCGGCAAAGAGAAGCGGCACGUACCGGAAGAGCGCCCAAGCCAGACGCCAGCGAAGAGACGUACUGGGCUUAUAUGCAACGUCAGUUGGCUGAGAGAACGGAAAAUCUUGGUCUGGCGGGCGAUAGCAUGGACCGAGCGGCCGAGGCGAGCAACUCGUGGAGUGACGACGUCAGCAAGUUCGUUGCGAAACAGAAGAGGCAGGCAGCGCUUGGAUUUGUGACCUCGAAGUUCGGAUUCUGAUUUCCUGAACGGUUGCGGUCGCUGAUUUGAGAGCGUAAAUAAAAGCAUUGGAUGGGCUCGGUGGAUCUCAUGGUAAAGAAGCACUGUGGUGACCAGGACGUCCACGCGAACUUGUUCUUCCCCCCAGUACCACCACGAACCCCUUCGACUUGCAUGUCUGUGUAACCCUUGCAGCCCAUAAGGGGCUUGCAUGAUGAUGCAGGCUGUUGCUACCUGUCACCGGCGACCAGCAGACACAAUGGUGAUGAUUGGCACAAUUGGCUCCGUCUGACAUGGAGAACAUCGACCAUACAAGUCCAAUGUCCAGCACGUUCGCGACAGUGAGUGCCCUGACUUCAAGCUAAUAGGAUCAUACGGUAGGGCUGAUGACCGUCACUCCAUCAAAGAGUAGGGGCUAUGUCGGUGUGCGCGAAGGACUCCGGAAUGGGCAAC